AUGAUGACACCACCAUAUGGGUUCCAGGUCGAGGGAUCCGCCCGUACCACCCUCCUGCUGCCGGAUUCAUCUCUGCCGUGCCAACUGCCACCCCGCCGGAUUCCCUGCCGCGAGAAACCAACAGCCUCACCCCCUAAACCUGGCAUCAUGCUGCGAUGUGCCCGGAUUCUUCCCCUGGUGAUCCUCGCGUCUGCUGCCUUCCUCCUCCUGCUCCUGUUAAGUCACCGUAACACCGACGUCCCCGCUCCACACCAUGUAUCCCGCAGAGACGCCCCCCCUACAAGCAACUUCAACUGUAGCCAAUGUAUCAUUAAAGUAUCCAAAGGAUCAGCAACUACCAGCACGCUGAUCUACUCUAAUAUCCCCCCUGAGGGAUGUACUCAAGAUCUUCCCAAAUGCAUUUUUAACAGGACUGAAUUCAGUGUCUGCAAACAAGGCAAUGCCGUGACUUGCCACAGCCCAGCAAUGCUUACCAAAUACAACAUUACCAUAUGGGCCGGUCUCGGCAUUGUUGCUGGGAGCCCAAGGCCAGCCUACCUUGCAUACCUUAACCACACCAUCCGCUCAAAAGCUGAACAAUGGACUAUUGGCAUUGAUGUCUGCCUGGCCAUGGACAAAAUAGCCUUUCGCUCUUGUGGCUCCCACGCCUGGCGAGAAACCUACAAACACGACCACAAAUAUCUUUGCACCCGUAACAAGCCAACCCCCCCUGAAUACUUUCUUCACCCCUGCGCAUCAUGGGGAGACCCAAAGAAAACUGUCUGGCGCGGAAUUUGUGACCACACUGGUGGCGGCUACCGAGGAUGCUACAACCCCCUGAAUGCGGCUAAACGGACUAUUGAAUCCUUCCGUCGAUUGCCUGACAGCAACAGGGUCUCUUUCACCCUCUCAAAAGACCAUCCUAAAAUUGAAGCCUAUGGCUUGGGGAUUGAUGGAACGGGCAAUGAUCCACUUACCUAUAUUACCAUCACAAUUGUUAGUCUUAAAGAAUCCAGGAGCAUACAGUGGUCUGUUUAUGACACCAUUGAGAGACUUGAAACCAACGCGAAGUCAAUUGUUUCUGAGAAAGCUCGCAACCUGUUCCUAGAGUUUGCCACUGAAAUCGCUCAAACCCUGGGGGUGACAAAUUGUUUUGUAUGUGGGGGCACAAACAUGGGCGAGCAAUGGCCCUGGGAAGCUUUAGAAGCUGACCCAGGAUUACUGAAUAAUCUCUCCCGGGCUGGGAAUCUCACACUACGACCCCACGCUUCUGAUGCCGCCUGGACAUUGACUACCAACAUAGUAGGUACCCACUGCUAUUUCCGCAAUGGCUCCCUUGCAGUAGGCACCCUCCUCUGCAAAGGCCAGUGGGCCAACUCCUCAUGGACCUCGGCGGCCAACAUCUCCCAGCCUGAGCAGUUGAACACCACGAUUUUUUCCUAUUUUUCCUCUUCAACACGGAACUGGACUGCCCCGGUGGGAAUGUAUUGGGUAUGUGGGAAUCUUGCUUAUGAGUACCUCCCUCACAAUUGGGGGGGGUCUUGCAUUUUGGCAUGGAUUAAACCCUCCUUUUUCUUACUACCCCUCACUGCUAGACAAAACCUGGGAAUUCCUGUGUAUGAUAAUUGGAGAAGGAAAAGAGCCCUAGACCGGGGGGAGGGUUUUGGGGGGAUUCAGGUUGGCAAUUGGAAGGAUGAUGAAUGGCCCCCUGAACGUAUUAUUGCUUAUUAUGACCCCGCGACAUGGGCAGAAGAUGGAUCAUGGGGGUACCGUACGCCAAUUGAUAUGCUCAAUCGGAUUAUACGGUUACAAGCUGUUUUAGAAUUAGCCGGGAAUCGCAUUGAUAGGGCACUCAACGCCAUAGCCACAGCACAAGAUAAGUUACGUACAGCGGUUUACCAGAAUCGCUUGGCUUUAGACUAUUUACUAGCUAAGGAAGGGGGAGUAUGUGGAAAGUUUAAUCUGACAAAUUGCUGUCUUCAAAUUGAUGAAAUUGGCAAGGUAGUGGCCGAUCUCACCGCGGACUUGCGGAAAUUGGUUCACGUACCCGUGCAAAAGUGGACAGGAUUAAUGGAUGAUGCAGGCUUCCUGGGAGGAAUUUUUCGCAAUUGGAAACAAGCCGCCUUCAUGGCAGGCGUGGCGCUCCUAGGGUUUCUCCUUUUACCCUGUUUAAUCCCAGUGAUCCGAAUCAUCAUUCAAUCCACAGUAGAAAGUAUGACACAGGGCAAAAACAUUAACACAGCAAUCUUUGAUUCGCAACACAAAGCCCUACUGACAGCAUUCUCUAAUGAAGACUCAGAGAAAAACGAUACUCCCUUCCUACUCCUCAAAAUUUAA